CCUCGACAUCAACACCAUGAUCUUGCGGCUCCUACCCCUGCUGGCUUUCUUGGGUGCUGCCCAUGGCGCUCAACCUGAUGCGCCGUCUCCUAUUGCUGCUCAGCUGCGAGACCUGCAGUGGGGACAGCUCAACUUCAUCCACACAACAGACAUCCAUGGGUGGCUGGGCGGCCAUCUACAAGAGCCUUCGUACUCUGCUGACUGGGGCGACUAUGUCUCGUUCACGAAACACCUCCACGACAGAGCCGACGCCGAUGGCUCAGAUCUCCUCCUCAUCGACACUGGGGACCGGAUAGAAGGGAAUGGGCUCUAUGACGCCUCAGAUCCAAAGGGCCAAUACUACUUCGACAUCGUCAAACAGGCCGAUAUCGACCUCAUCUGCUCCGGCAACCACGAGCUCUACAAGAAGAACUCCUCUGACGGCGAGUUCCGCUAUACGGUGCCCAACUUCAAGGGAAACUACAUUGCGUCCAAUCUAGACAUUUACAAUCCGGAUACUGGCAAGCUCGAACCGCUCGCACGGCGCUUCAAGACCUUCAAGACGAAGAACCAAGGCAUUCGGAUCCUCGCUUUCGGCUUCAUCUUUGACUUUACUGGCAACGCAAAUAAUACCGUCGUUCAGACUGUUGAGGACACAGUCAAGACAGAAUGGUUUCAGGAGGCUCUCCGGGAGAAGGAUAUCGACCUCAUCGUGGUCUUUGGCCAUGUUGCCAUCCGUUCCAAGGAAUACAGCUUGAUCUACAAGACCAUAAGAUCCGUCCAAUGGGAUACCCCAAUCCAGUUCUUCGGUGGACAUACCCAUAUUCGUGACUACAAGGUGUAUGACAGCAAGUCUGUUGCUUUGGAGAGUGGUCGAUACAUGGAGACGCUUGGAUUCAUGUCGAUUAGCGGGCUAAGUUCUGGAGGGAGUAAGAAGAGGCUCUCAAGUCCCCAAAAACCCAGCCUAACGUUCUCACGUCGUUACAUUGAUAACAAUCUGUUUUCUCUCUAUCACCACAGCGGUAAAAGUAACGAAACUUUCCAGACCGAACAUGGUCGCAAUGUAUCCGCCCAAAUCAACAAUGCAAGGAAGUCAUUAAAGCUCGACGAGCGUCGUGGUUGCGCUCCACAUGACCUUUGGGUCAACCGGGCCCCCUAUCCGCACAAGCAAAGCAUCUUCACUUGGCUUGAAAAAGAGGUCUUCCCGAACCAUUUCAAGCAUUCCUCUCGCGCAAAGGGAGGGAACAAAGCUCUCGUAAUCUCGAACACUGGAGCGAUGCGCUUCGACAUCUUCAAAGGCCCAUUCACGAAAGACACUGAAUUCUUGGUGUCGCCGUUUACCAGUGGUUUCUCGUAUGUCAAAGACGUGCCAUUCAAGGUUGCUAAACAGCUCCUAAAGCUCCUCAACAACGAGGGCCCCAUUAUGGACGAGAUCGCUCGUCAGAACCUGAUGCUGGCGCCCCCGGAGCGAAUUGCAGGCCGCGCAAAUGUCGAAGCAUCGGAUGACUUCCAUCAUUGGAACGUGCCAGGGCCUGGCGCUCAAGUUCACCUUGGCGAUGAUAAGACUCUUACCCCUGGCUACACGACAGAGGACGAUGCUGGUAGUGACGGGGAUGACACUGUGCACUCUACUAUCUCUUUCUACAAUGUUCCGAAUUGCAUCCAAGCUGCCGUUGGCUUCGAACUGUCUCACGGCAAUGCAUCCGAAGUCGUUGUGUUCGAUGACGAGGAGCCUGAGAAGGUUGAUGUCGUUUACAAUGAGUUCAUUGAGUCGUGGGUUUUACUGGCGCUUCAGUAUCUUGGGCAGAAGUACAACGAAUCUGAUACCGCGCCAUACGUCGAGGGCCAGACCUUGACGACAGUUAUCACGGACUGGGUGGAGGCAAAUUGGGAUGUUGCGGGCGAGGAAUGUCCAUAGCCCUAAGUUUAGCUUAUGAUCAUUAUGCUAAGCAUAUACAUUUUGGGUUGGGCGUUCUUCUGGGCUUGAGAUCUGUUUUGGUAACAUGAAUAUGACGAGGCGCCCAUGAAGCUGGCGGUUUACUACAGCUCAUCCUCGCACUUGGUCUUCAUUUAGUAUAGCAUAGUCGCACGGGAUUUGUAGAUAUCACAUAUUUCUUCGCAGCACGAGUCUAACUUGCUCGUUGACACAUGUAUAUGUUACACUG